GGUAAGGUUGGCAACAUUGAUUUGAUAAACACAAGAAGGUUGUCUGUCAAAUGACAAAAUGGUUUUAGGUUAUCUCAAGUUAACCCUGCAAACACUAAUAUUUUAAUAUUUUCUGUUAUUUACAUUUAAAACAAAAAAAAAUGAAACGUUCCAUCGACGCAACAAACAUACACGAAUAUUUGGAAGAUGACAGCGAGCCAAAUUCUAAAGUAAUUCUUGUUGAAAGAGAACAAACACCUUUAGGCAUUCCGUUGGUUAACCCGAACACCGUUGCUAGAAAGUCUUAUGUUGAAUCCAUGGAACUUUCAGAUGCCGUUUCAAAUGUUACUACAGCACUGCAAGCAAAUGCUAGAAAUAAACUAGACAUUAUAGGAAAGCAGAUGAAAAAUUUGCAUGAUAUAAUGUCAGAUGUUUUUGAGGAAACUAAACUUAGUAUUGAACUCCAUAAUGUUGCCUGUAAUUUUGUUAAAAGACCUGGCCAUAUUUAUCAUUUAUAUGAGCGACCAUCUGGUCAAAAAUAUCUUGGAAUGUUGUCUCCACAGGAAUGGCAGAACGCACCACACACAUAUUUAGGCAGCUUCAUGUUGGAAUCUGAUUCAAGUUGGACUUCUAUGAAAUCAAAUAGUAACAAAUAUGAGGGAAUCAAUUUUUUAAAACAAAUGUAUGGAAUGUCGCAGUUACAAGCGUUAACUCAAUAAAAUUUCAAAUUAGGUCAGAAUGAA